UCUACUUUUAUUCAUGGUCCUUUUGUGUGGGAACCAAAGCUGAAAAGAAAAAAGAAGAUCCACACCAAUAUUGUCUCUCAAGUGUCAGUGAAGAUAAUUGAGUUGUAUCAAAGUCUAUUUGAGGAGGUAACAGAAGAAAAUAAAAUAACUUCAGUACCAAUCGAAAAAUUAAGAAACAAAAAGAUCCCGUUGUUUUAAGUGCAUCAACACUCGUCAUCCAAAUAAGCUGAAAGAAGAACAUAUAUAUGUACGUGUUGUAUGUCGUUGGCGUAUGUUUAUAAGAAAUCAGAAGAACCGUAUCAAAUGAGGCAGCAUCGCAACUAUCGCUCAGAAAGCAACCAUACUAGACGACAUCGUGAGCGAACCCGAGAUUCGGACAUUCAUCAGUGUCUAAUAUGCAGAAAAUAUCAUCCGCUUAAGUUCUGCCGCAAAUUCCUUAACAUGGACACCAGAAGACGUAAAAUGGUAGUGGAGAAGCUGGGAUAUUGCCUUAAUUGCUUGGCCAGAAGCCAUAAAAUUAUGUCUUGCACUUCAUUAGCAACAUGCAAGAUAUGUGAUAAACUUCACCACACAUUACUACAUGCAAGUCAACAACGCCAUCGACCACUGCCAAGUUUAAAAACCCAACAUUUGCGUAAUCAACGUACAUUACGAGAGCACAAAUCUAAUGUGAUCACACCUAAUACCAAGAUCUUGUCCGAGGCCAUUAGAUCAUUAGCUCAAAUACUUUGUGCUUCAGAUGUUCCAAACUCAUUUGCAUGACUGCAAGGCGGGCGCCAUGUCCAAACAAGGUUUGGACCUUAAUAACUUCAAAAGCUCACAUUACUUACAUCAUUGUAACAUUAAACAUUUAAUUUGAAACCAUUGUAUUUAUUUACCUUUAGUGUAAACACUUUAGUACUCGCUCUUUUUAUAAAUUGUCAAAAAUAACUUUUACUACAAAAAGUCAUUUUAUGUCAAUAAUUUUUAGGCAUUAAUGUUAGCUGCGACUAACAAUAUAUAUUUAAAAUAUUAUUCUUUU